AUGGCUGCAGCGCGUGUGCUGAGGACCGGGAGCCGGACUGCGGGGCAGCUGAUUUGUGUCCGCUACUUUCAAACAUGUGGUAAUGUUCAUGUGUUGAAGCCAAAAUAUGUGUGUUUCUUUGGUUAUCCUCCAUUCAAGUACAGUCAUCCACAUCAGUCGCUAAAAACAACUGCUGCUCUCCAAGGACAGAUUGUUCAGUUCAAACUCUCAGACAUUGGAGAAGGGAUUAGAGAAGUAACUGUUAAAGAAUGGUAUGUAAAAGAAGGAGAUACAGUGUCUCAGUUUGAUAGCAUCUGUGAAGUUCAAAGUGAUAAAGCUUCAGUUACUAUCACUAGUCGUUAUGAUGGAGUCAUUAAAAAACUGUAUUAUAAUCUAGAUGACACUGCCUAUGUGGGAAAGCCAUUAGUAGACAUAGAAACGGAAGCUUUAAAAGAUUCAGAAGAAGAUGUUGUUGAAACCCCUGCUGUGUCCCAUGAUGAACACAUACACCAAGAGAUAAAGGGCCAGAAAACACUGGCAACUCCUGCAGUUCGUCGCCUUGCAAUGGAAAACAAUAUUAAGCUGAGUGAAGUUAUUGGCUCAGGAAAAGAUGGCAGAAUACUUAAAGAAGAUAUUCUCAACUAUCUGGAAAAGCAAACAGGAGCUAUACUACCUCCUUCACCAAAAGCUGAAAUUAUGCCACCUCCACCAAAACCAAAAGACAGAACUAUUCCUAUUCCAAUAUCAAAGCCCCCAGUGUUCACAGGCAAAGACAGAACCGAACCCAUGAAAGGCUUUCACAAAGCAAUGGUCAAGACCAUGUCUGCAGCCCUGAAGAUACCUCAUCUUGGAUAUUGUGAUGAGGUUGACCUUACUGAACUGGUGAAGCUACGAGAAGAAUUAAAACCCAUUGCUUUUGCUCGUGGAAUUAAACUUUCCUUUAUGCCCUUCUUCUUAAAAGCUGCUUCUUUGGGAUUACUACAGUUUCCUAUUCUUAAUGCUUCUGUGGAUGAAAACUGCCAGAACAUAACAUACAAGGCUUCUCAUAACAUUGGAAUAGCGAUGGAUACAGAGCAGGGCUUGAUUGUACCUAAUGUGAAAAAUGUUCAGGUCCGUUCCGUAUUUGAGAUCGCCACUGAAUUGAACCGCCUCCAGAAAUUGGGCUCUGCGGGUCAGCUCAGCACCAAUGACCUUAUCGGAGGAACAUUCACUCUUUCCAACAUUGGAUCAAUUGGUGGUACUUAUGCCAAACCAGUGAUACUUCCACCUGAAGUGGCAAUUGGGGCCCUGGGAACAAUUAAGGCCCUUCCCCGAUUUAAUGAGAAAGGGGAAGUCUGUAAGGCCCAGAUAAUGAACGUGAGCUGGUCAGCUGAUCACAGAAUUAUCGAUGGCGCUACCGUGUCACGCUUCUCUAAUUUGUGGAAAUCCUACUUAGAAAACCCAGCUUUUAUGCUACUAGAUCUGAAAUGAAGAUUGAUCAGACAUCCUUGAACUUUCUGAGCUUCCAAAGAACGCGUAGAGCCCAGCUGUGCAGCACACGUUCCUCACUGCAGUUUGUAUUGUAAAUGACUUGUAACGUAUGAUUAUGGUUCCGAGGCACAAAGGGGAUCAACUAUUCUGUUAGGCUUUUACUGCAAAGGAGUAAUGGUGUACUAGGUCUCCCAGGGCUGUCACAUUUUAUAGGUCACAGUAUGACUUCCUAAUAUGGUGCUGAGGCCUUUGUGUCCAUGGACUGAAACUGGCAGGAACAACACAGUGAAUAUUACUGAGACAGCCAUAUACAGUAUUUGCCCUAUUUUUUCUCUCUCUCUUUUUAAAAUUUUAUUUUAAACUGACUCUUAAUGAAACUUAG